GUUUCCACGGAGUCUCCCCAGCCGUGUCUGAGCCGGGGGCGUUUCCGUGCCUCCCGUCGGCCGGCCCGGCCGCUGCCUGCGGCGGGGAUGGCCCGGCCCGCCCCGCACGCCUCCGCUCAUUGAUGGUGGCGGCCGCCGCCCGCCCGCCCGCCGCUCCCCCUCUCUCCCCGCUCUGCCGCAGAGCCUCCACCGCAACGCGAAGCCCACACAGCCGCUCCGGUCCGCCCCUCCUCUGGUCUGUCACGCUCGGCGGCUCCUCCGAGAGGCUCCCCGCUCCCUCCCGCAGCUUCGCGCCGCGAGCAGGAGGCAGCGGCAGCGGAGGGAGCUGCAGCGGCUCUCCGCCGCCUGCCCCCGGCUGAAUAUUACAGCUUCACUUGUACCUGGGCUUUUUCCACUGAUGUCCAACACGCAAUAGACAUUCCAAACAAUAUUUGGCAGGUGACUUUGCAGCCUAACAGCAAUCCUUCUUUGAUACAGGAUGGAGGACAGCUACAAAGACAGGACUUCAUUAGUGAAAGGGGCCAAAGAUAUUGCUAAAGAGGUGAAGAGGCAAGCAGUGAAAAAAGUGAAUAAAGCAGUUGACAAAGCCCAGGAUGGCUACACACAGAGAUCCUACAGUCGAUUCCAGGAUGAGGAAGAUGAUGAUGAUUACUAUGGCCAAGGAGGAAAUUAUGGUGUAGAAGCAAAUGAUGAUGAAGGGUCGAGUGAAGCAACUGAGGGACAUGAUGAAGAUGAUGAAAUUUAUGAAGGGGAAUAUCAGGGAAUCCCCAACAUGGGGCAGGGUAAGGAUGACAUGGCCUUAGGUCAGUCUAUGCGUGAUGAAUACAAGGAUCGUCAUGAACUGGAAACAGAGAGGAAAGCUGAUGAAGAAGAGCUGGCACAGCAAUAUGAAUUGAUAAUACAAGAAUGUGGCCAUGGUCGUUUCCAGUGGGCCCUCUUCUUUGUGCUAGGAAUGGCCCUAAUGGCUGAUGGGGUUGAAGUGUUUGUGGUUGGAUUUGUGUUGCCCAGUGCUGAAACAGAUAUGUGUAUACCCAAUUCUGGAUCAGGAUGGCUUGGGAGUAUUGUGUACCUUGGGAUGAUGGUGGGGGCGUUCUUCUGGGGAGGCUUGGCAGACAAGGUGGGAAGGAGACAAUCACUCCUGAUAUGCAUGUCUGUCAAUGGAUUCUUUGCCUUCCUUUCAUCCUUUGUCCAGGGCUAUGGCUUCUUCCUCUUCUGUCGCUUGUUUUCUGGAUUUGGGAUUGGUGGAGCCAUGCCAACAGUGUUCUCCUAUUUUUCGGAAGUGCUUGCUCGGGAGAAACGAGGUGAACACCUGAGCUGGCUCUGUAUGUUUUGGAUGAUUGGUGGCAUCUACGCUUCUGCAAUGGCUUGGGCAAUAAUUCCUCAUUAUGGAUGGAGUUUCAGCAUGGGUUCUGCCUACCAGUUCCACAGCUGGCGAGUAUUUGUGAUUGUCUGUGCACUGCCUUGUGUAUCUUCUGUGGUUGCCCUCACCUUUAUGCCGGAAAGCCCACGGUUCCUGCUGGAGGUUGGAAAACAUGAUGAAGCUUGGAUGAUACUCAAGCAAAUUCAUGACACAAACAUGCGUGCUCGUGGUCAGCCCGAGAAAGUCUUCACUGUUACCAGAAUCAAAACACCUAAACAGAUAGAUGAGCUCAUAGAAAUUGAGAGUGAUACUGGAACUUGGUACAGAAGGUGUUUUGUAAGGAUCCGCACAGAGCUGUAUGGUAUUUGGUUGACAUUUAUGAGAUGCUUCAACUACCCAGUGAAGGAUAAUACGAUCAAACUUACAGCUGUGUGGUUCACCCUGUCUUUUGGCUACUAUGGCUUAUCUGUCUGGUUUCCUGAUGUCAUUAAACAUCUGCAGUCAGACGAGUAUGCAUCCCGAGUGAAACAUUUCCGCAAUGAGGAGGUCUCACAUUUCGUCUUCAACUUCACUCUGGAAAAUCAGAUUCACAGCAACGGAGAAUACAUCAAUGACAGGUUUAUUAUGAUGAAGUUUAAAUCAGUAACCUUUGAAGAUUCACUUUUUAAGAACUGUUAUUUUGAAGACAUUACUUCACUGAACACAUACUUCAGGAACUGUACUUUCGUGAAUACCACCUUCUACAACACAGAUCUCGAGCAGUAUAAAUUUGUUGACAGUGAAUUGAUAAAUUGCACAUUUUUUCACAUCAGGACAGGAUGCCAGAUUUCUUUUGAUGAUGACUACAGUGCCUACUGGAUCUACUUUGUUAAUUUCCUGGGAACUUUGGCAGUGUUACCAGGAAAUAUUGUGUCUGCUCUCCUGAUGGAUCGAAUAGGACGGUUAACCAUGCUAGGUGGCUCCAUGGUUCUUUCUGGCAUCAGCUGUUUUUUCCUGUGGUUUGGGACCAGCGAAUCCAUGAUGAUAGGUAUGCUGUGCCUCUACAAUGGCCUCACCAUCUCAGCAUGGAACUCUCUAGAUGUCAUUACUGUGGAACUGUAUCCUACAGACAGAAGGGCAACAGGCUUUGGCUUUCUGAAUGCACUAUGCAAAGCUGCAGCUGUACUUGGAAACCUAAUAUUCGGUUCCCUUGUUGGUAUCACCAAAGCAAUCCCUAUUCUCCUUGCUUCUACUGUGCUAGUAUGUGGAGGUCUGGUAGGACUUCGGCUUCCUGAUACAAGAACCCAGGUGUUGAUGUAACUGGGAAAAAAAAAUUCACUAUUUAUUUCAUUCUUUGUACAAAUGUCAUUCUCCUGACUGAUGGUGCAAAGGCUUCAGAUUCUCAACACACAUUAGAGUGCUCAAAUGUCAGAAAUCAAACUCAAAAGAUACUUUGGAGUAGCAGAGAUUUAACAACCUCUGCAUGAAAUUUUUAAAUUUUACUUUUAUUUGCUUGCAUAUUUUGUUAUUCAAACCCAUUUCACUUUGAAGUGCAAAGCUACCUCUUAAAAGAGUUUUGGUGACAUACCCAGGAAAGUAAAAACCAUACUGAUAAUUAGAUAUUUAAAAUGAAAGCAGUCAGAUUAUUUAAAAAACCCAUGCUAAAUUUGGCCAUGGCAUUGUGAGCUUUAGUAAAAGUACAGACGUGCAAGUCAAUUACUUGGCAGUAUUGAUGUGGGGAAUGUUAAUGUAUCAAUGCAUGCAACAUUUGUCAGGAAACUCAACUGAUUGCAUCAGCACUGUGAACAGUGACCUUCUGCAGCUGUGCUUAAGUGAUAAAAACUCGUGGCAAUGACUCUUCCUUGGGAUACUUUUUUAGGCAGAUUCAAUCUAAGCAAAGAUUACCAACUACACCCCAUACUGACUGAGGAGAAGGCAACAGCUACUGCAGGGAAUUAAAAAAUCCAUAUAGGUAUGCAGCAGAGAGAAUUAAAAAAUUAACAUUUUCACUUUUUGCUGCUGAUGCUCCAGAAAAAUAAUAAACAGGAAAAACAAGAAAACUCUUGUUUUAUUCUCAUUUGUGGCAUCUGGAUUUUUUUUUCCAUUUAAAACAGUGAAUUCGUCUUAUUCAAGGAAUGAAUGAAUGCAAAUAGUUUUGCUGUUGUUAGUAAGAGUAAAGGAAGAAUCAGGCCAUUGGACUAUAACAAUUAUGAUUUCAGAGGUUUAUUUGGAAUUUAUAUAUGUAAAGACCUUAAUUCUUUUCAUAGUUUCUACACUUCUUAAUAUAACCAUUUUCUCGGACAAUUUUUAAUAGUUCCAGAAAUGCCUAACCACUUAAUAUUUUCAAAUGUCUGUUUGAAAAGCCACUAAGAAAUAAGCCAUGGCAAGGCUGCAGGGAAUAGUAAUGCUUUUAUUAGACCAAGUGCAUAGAUGGAAAGCAAAUGUUAGUAAAUACAGUCCUUCUAUGCUGUGGAUUGUUCUGAUUACUGGAAAAUUCCCCAUCAGUCCUAAUGCUAUGCAAAAAGUUACGGGAUUUCUUUAAAAAAUCAGCAUUAUAAAUUUAAUACAGAUACAUUUAUAAAAUAAUCAAAGAAAAGAGACAGAUCCUCUUAUGACAAAAACUGGCAUUGCUUUCAGUGGAGCUAAGACAACUUGUAUCUGCUGAUUAACUAUCUGCAGUUUCAAGUGUGAAAUAACAAAUUUGCUAUAAACAUAUGGGAAAUUUUAUUCAGUAUUUUUUUCUAAUUAUGUCUGACAGCAUUUAUUAGGUAGAUGAAUCAUUGCCAAGCAACUAAGCUUUCAAAUAAGUUCAUCAUAUUUUAAGCUAGACCUUUUUUUUCAUUUAUUUUUCUCUUGCUCUUAGAUGUGAACUUGGAUUUAGGUAGUAAUAUGUGGCACUGCAGUCUUUAUCAGUCAUCAUCUUUGUCAUAUUAAAAGAAUCAGUAAAGCUCUAUGUAAGAAGACCAUUCAACAUAUUUAUAGUUCACUGUUUAAUCUACUGAUUCUAGAAGUGACAUUUUCAGUUACUAACAAAUGCCUCUGCUACACAUUGUAGCACAAAAGAUGUUAGCCCAAGAUGCUCUUUUCACCUAUGAAAUGAGAAAAUUGGCAGAAUUUAAAAAGCUUGAAUAUGGAAAACUAAGGGGCAUUAUUUUGAUGUUGGUAAUUUAAAAAAAAUAGCGAGUGUGUUUAUUUUGGAGUGUUAAGAUGAAGGUAUUUGAGAUGAAAUAUUUUAUGUUUAAAUCUGACUUAGACAUGUCUCUUAAAUUUCUAAACUAUGCUAAUAAAUGAUGAACUAUUUUUCACUAAGGUCUAGAAAAAAUUCUGGCCUUAGUUUUGCACCAGUGGCCUUUUUUCCACAAAUCAUAGCCUUAAUAUUAUUUUAAGGCUGUUUUCUACAAUUACUAUUAUAUUUGAGCCCUUUUUCUCUGUGCAAUUCAUUAGUAGCACAUGUUCAACUCCUUGCACAUACUGCACAAGUUACUUUGAAAUCUGAAGCCUCUGUACAUACUUGGAGUAAACACCAACAACUGGUAAAAUAUUGCUUUGUGUUGCUAUGCACUGUCCUCUUGCAGUAGUAUAUUCUGUCCAUCUCUGCAUGUAAUUCCCAUAACACUCAGAUGCAGCACUUCAUACCUUCUGACCAGCUUGAAGGAAAUGGGUCACAGAAAAAUAAUACUCAGCUUUUGAGGUCUAUCAUUCAAGUUUAGCACUCUAAAAUCUCAUUACACAUAUGUCAAUUAUCAGUGCUGGUCUUAUCAUAAAUCCUGACUAUAUCAUGGGUCUGUGAUUAAGUCUGGAUGUAAUGAAAUGAAAUGUAGCAACAACAGGAAUUAGCAGAGAUUUUUAAAAAUGGACACUGCAUGGUCCAGGAUUAUAAUGUUCUAAGGUAGAAAAAAGAAAAAAGAAUAGUGGAUAGGAAUUGGGAGAAUAAGUAAAUGAAAGAGAUGAACAAAGAAAAAAACCAAGAACAAUUCCAACAUAUGAAACAAAACCUAAAGUUAGAAUUUUCCCAGAUGGCAAGCUAGCUGGCUCAACAGAUUUGAGCUAGUGUGCAAGCCAACACCAAAGUUGUUUGAAUAUUCAAUCAUUUUUUUUUAGCAUAGUAAAGCUUUAUCUCUUAAAGACAAAAAAGUGAAUGCAAUUUCACGCUAUAAAUAACUUUGUGAGAUAGGUGAAAUCCACCAACUGGAACCGAAAUCUAUGGAGAUCUGGACACAAAUAUUACUUACAUUAUAAGCAAAGUUAAUAUGACUGGUCUUCAGUAACUGCAUCUUUUCUUGCAGUCUCCAAAACAAUCACAGGUAAUAAAUAUUGAACAGAAGGAUCUGCACUUUCUUUCUAUGUCUAUUUGUUUAUAUGUUACACAAAGAAUUGCUUAGUGGCAUGGCUAGAUUCCUAAUACACCAGACAGAAGCAAAAUUGAUAUUUUUUGUGUAUUACAGUUAUAAAACCUAUGAAAUCAAAACUGCUUAUUUGUGUGUUUUGGUCGCAAAACUGACUGACUGCUAACUAGAAAUCCCUCUCAGUCUAUAUCCCUGAAGGAGGAUAUAACAUCUAGGAAUUUUCUGUGCAGCUGAAAAGCUCAUCCCAACAGUAGCAAUGACAAAAAGCACAAUGACCCCUGAAAACAUGUGACUCACAGCCUUUAGAAUGCUGUUAACCAUAACAGUCAAAUAUUUUGAAAUUUAGAAACUGUCCACGAAGGAGACCACAUGUUUCCAUUUUUGGCAUAGAAAUUUUAUUUGAAUUAGUUUUACUCCUUACAGGUUGUCUAAUGGUAGAACUUGACUUAGCAGACUCUAAUUUCUUUAAAGCAACUUAUUCAUCAUGUUAGUACUCUUUGACCAGCUUGGUUAUGUCCAUGCUAGCUUGGAAGCAUGUGCUGCAACAUUUGGCAAUCCCUGCCUUGGUUGUUCAGUACAGGCUCCUAGAAAGGGAACUAGGAAUAGGUGUUCACAGUGGAGGACUCCACAGGAUUGGUAAUUAAAGACCUACUGGGAAACCUUCUUCCUCUCAGCUUGAUUUUAACCCCUUCCCUGACAGAUCUGUGUAAUACAAAAGCUGGACACUGAUGAAAAAGAGUUAGCCCUCCUUCCUGAUGGUUCCAGUAGUCUGCUCCUCUUUUAUCACAGGAAUAUGGGUCAAAGUUAAGAUUGCUAACGUAAGCUCUGCUUGCUUUCUCUUCCUGCCAUUCCAUUCAUUCCAACCCAAAUUACUUUUCUUGCUAGGGGACCAGCCUUAAAGAAAAUUAAAACUCUCUUACUUGCUUCUGACUUCCCAGUAAUGUUCAGUAGGAAGUUUUACAUAUCUUUUGCAUUUUGGUUAUAACUUUUUUAAAAAAAAUAUGUAAAACAGCCUUGGAAGUCCUGUGUGUGAAUCUCACCUUUUGAGACAGCCAGAAUCCACAUUUACCUGCCUAUUGAGAAGGCUGACCUAAUACAAGGAGAGGUGUCCUCUCAGAAUAGUCCCUGUUGACCUCCUGAUUUGAGGGAAUCUUCUUGCCUGUGCACCUAGCUCAGCACCAUUUGGAGGAAAUUAUAUUCUGUAUUCUUUUUGUCUUCUUUCUACCACUGUGGAUCCUUAUCUUUCUGUAACUGCUCUUGAGGCACAAUGGUGGAUACCAAUUCUCAGCAAAGUAAUAUAGUCCUCAGUCCCUCAUAUGGACAACCUCUGUGUGCUAGGCUUUAGCUCUCUUCCCUAUUCUGAGUUUUAAAUUAAUCUUCAUUAGUCAGAGAAAGAUGUUUACAUCCAGUUGCACCUCUUUACCUAAACAAGAUGAUAUCAUGCUAAUACAACCUACAAGCCAUGUUUCCUGUUUAAUAGCCUGGAAAUGCAAUUGAAAUUUCAAUCACAACAUUAAAAAAUGAAUCUUUGCACUCAGGGGGUCAAAGACACAAGAAGUAAAAACAGAAAUACUCCACUUCCUCUGCUGUUUUGAAAGAAAACACAUGUUCAGUAAUCAUAUUCCAGAAGAAAACACAUCUGAGAGGCUGCUUUUCUAUAUUUCCUGCCUUCUUGUCCAUUAAACUUGCUGUAAAAUAUUAUGUAUUUGCCUGCAUUAGUACUUUCAAAUGCUGCUAGUUGAGAAAACACAGCAUGAAAAUACAGACUUUUGCUUGUACUUUCAAGGUAAUACAUGGUUCAGGCAAUGAUGUGGAAUUAGAAAAGACAUGUUAGCCAGAAAAUCUUGAACUCAGUUCAAAACAUGAAUUAAAUGGAAAUCAUCAACUUAUAAUGCUACUUGCAGAUCUCUCUUACCUUCAUUUAACCUCACGUAAUCUACAACAAGUCCAUGUGCUGCUAUCAUCUUCAUUUGCUUUCUUCUAAUAAUUUCAACAAGUGCUGCAAAAUAUAUUUAGAGUCACUAUCAUUAACUGCUCCUUUUUUUUUUUUUUUUUUUUUUUUUUUUUUUUUUUUUUUUUGUAGAAGUCAAUUUCCUAUUUCUUCCUGCAAAGGAAGAGCCCUUCAACAUUUAGUCCCACUCUAGCUGUAUAACAUUGUUUUAUAGAAAAACAGAAAAAAUAUUAAUUGAGUCUGAUUUAUUUACUUUUCUUAUUAAACAUUUUUUAAAUUAUAUAUAGGCCAAAGAUGCUGGCCUAUAACAUGGAGUUCUGGGCCUUUGAAUACAUCCUGUGGAACUCAAAAUGAACAAAGCAGUAAUUUUCAGCAGUCUCCUCCCACAAUAUACACACGAGUUACAUUUAAUAGGACCAAAACACUUAGGGAAAAGUACAGUGUUUUCUAGGGCAAAAUAUCUAUUCUCUUUGACAAAGGUCUAGAACAUGUUGCUUACUUCUCACUAGUACAGUCUGAUAACCAAAGAUUGGAGAUUACUUAACAGGAGUAUUUGGGUGAGGAUGACCUGACAUGAAAGUACUGUUCUUUCCACCCAGGGUACUCAUGAAUAUACAUUUUAAUGACACAUAAAACCAAGAUGAUUUGUAGAGACCUUGCCCCUACUCUGGCCAUCAACACAUUUGAGUUGUAGCCAGACAUACCAGCCCACAAGCGAGAGAGAAAGUGAGAGAGAAAAAGAGCUGGCAGGCACUUUCAGCACUCUCUCCACAGCUAACCACCUAAGUUCAUUUCUCUUGGAUCCUAAGGAUCUGGUUUUCAGUUUAGCUUUCUACUUUCUAAUUUUGGACAUCUACCACUUGCCAUUCAGUUUUCACAAGCAAUCACGACCAAUCAAGCUGAAGCUGCUUUAAUGCUAAAGGACAGCACUCACAGCUCGUUGCAAGUAGAGUACUCUGCAAGAGCCCAGUGUCAUAUGUGUUGUUCCAGUUUCAUUUGUUGUCAAGCGCUAGAGUUGUCAGCUAGCACUUCUCCUGUACAAUUCUGCAUGUAUUCUUAUCUAUGUCAUGUCUUCUGUCCUCUUAAUGUCUGCCUUGUAUGAUCAUAUGUAUGCCCAUUCCCCACUAGCUAUGUGACAAAAAUAUUUUGUGAAUCUUACAUGGGUCUGUCUUACCCAGUUAAAAAGAAGAGGGUUGGGAAAAAUAAUGAAGCGGAAUCAAAUUAAAUGUAAACAAUGAAGAGUAAUAGUUCAAGAAAUAGGCUUCAAUUAUUUUUAUUUUUUCAUAUGUUUUCUUCAAAUCCUAGCUUGAAGCUAUAUAAUAUUGUAUAUUGUAAAGAAAUAGUACACAGUUAGAAGUGAGUACAUAUGUGAGUGAGGAUACAUACAUAUGGACACACUCACCUCUAUAACACAGAUGAAUAUUAAACUUACAAACCAUGUUCUCAUUUCUUUCUCCGUGACAGUGUUACUUUCUUCAUUGUGCAUUAUGCUUUGAACACAAAUAACAUCCUGCUCCAUUCCUUGUGCAGAAACCUUUACUUACUUAUGUGCAAAAUUGUUGGGAUACCAAGAGUCAUCUCAGCUGGCCAUUAGCUUCCAGUCAUUGGAGACCUAAAGUGGUCUGAAAAAUGAGCUUUGACUUAGCUGUUGCCUUCCCCAUCUGCCCAACCCACCCUUCUGCCCCAUCACACUGUGCCAAACAGCAAAACAGCACAUCAUGCAGAGGCAGUGAUGUUCCAGUGACUCGGAGACACAGCACUCUCAGAUACAUAAACUCCUAAAAGCUAUGAAUUUUGUCUUAUUCAACCAAAAGGCCUUCAAAAUGGUCCAUGGGGAUAUCAACAUGCUAAUUUCUGUGUAAUGUAUGAGAAAAUGUCUGUGAUUUUCUGUAUUGUAUGUUUUUCAUUGUUUCUGCAUAUAUGGCUGCUGUUGUUCUAGUGAUGUGGUUAAAGAAUUAUCUGCUACUAUUCUUAUCAGCAACUUUUGACCAGCCUGAAACAGAGCCAUUGCCAGGGUGUUUUUCAAUUAAUGAUUAACACCCAUGAAGAUCUUCUACAGUAAUUAGUGCCAUAUAAAGUAAUGGAUAAUAUAAAUUAAGCCAAUCCAGGGUGAAAAUAGCACCACAUACCCACAGACCAGUGACAGUGGAAAGAGCUCUUCCAAAAGCUCUGGCAUCUGCUACAUUUCUUCUUUGGUCUUUUCAGGAUGUUCACUCUCUGUAGUAUUCUUCCUCUGAAGGGGACAUGCACUCAUGCAACAGAAGUAAGAAAGCAGAAGAAAGGGCAUAUUCCUUUCACAGGAAAGAACGUAUGCUUGCUAUAGGAAAGCCAGCUCUAUAAUAAGAUUAAAACAAAGAAACCAACCGACCCAAGCAGUUUGCUAUUCUUUUUUAUCCCCAUGUCUCUCAUGAGUUGAUAAACUAAAUACCAGUGCUUACGAAACCUUUGGGAAGCGGCUAAGAAAGAGUAGCAAGGCUUACAUUAUAGUUAUUUUGGAAAGGAGGAGACCUUUCCAAGGGGUAAACAUAUGCAAUGAAUGAAACCAUAGAAUAUAGUUUCUAAUUAUGAUCACAAACAGGCAGUUUUAAGUAGAAAAUUGUCUUCAAAUCUACAGCAGCAGUAGAUAGUACUACUGUUUAUAUGGAAAUGAGUAAACAUAGAUUAAAAUCAAUGGCUUGGAAGAAAAAGGAGAAUAUUUGAAGACAUACUUAAACACAACCUGCCAUCAUCUCCUUUGGACAAACCUUUUAGCACUUUCCUCUUCCUUCCUGCUACCAAUCGUCCUAAUAAGGAGACUGAUUCCUUUAGUGACUCACUAAUGAAAUGAAAGGCCAAUAUGACAUUUGCAACAAAAACUGAGAGCAGGCAUGAAAUUAGCACUGCAGGAAAGCUAACUCAUGUAUAAGAAUUUUAAAAAUGCCCCAAGCUGCUAGUGUCUGCCUGCAUUUUUUGUCCCCCAAGUGGUUUAGGAUCCUACAAAGUGUUAGGUGUCACAAGCUUUGUAUGUGUAAUCUGAUCCCUGUUGCAUACUAACAAUAGUGAAGGUAUUUUUUAGAGUCAGGAGCUUUGUCUUUCAAAAAUAGGAGGUAUGUGACUGUGUAUACUGCCAUGCUGGAAUUGCUAUUGUGAGAGAAAUGUAUUUUUCCAGCCCUUUUUUUAGGAAGAAUAAUUUUAGCCUGGUUUUUCCUAUGAAUGUAGUGCUUCACAAACAUUAAAAGAAUUUCAAUACCAAUGCUAAGUGAAUAAACUGGCAACUUCUUUUAAUCAUUUUCUACAGAAUAUUGUAUUAAAAACCCCAAUUAAACUUUAAAAAAAUGUUGUAUUACCUUCAGCUGCACAACAUUGUGACAACUAAAUUGUAUGUCAUGCUUGGCCUUAAAUAUAUGUAGGAAUUAUCUGUAUAAAAUGAGAUUUUUUUAAGUGGUCAGUUUCCAUUGAAGUGUAAUGACAUAUAUACAGAAUUGAGGUCUCAAGGAUGAGGUACAGAGAGUAGAGUGCUUGGUCUUCACUGCAACUUAUUGCUCUUGUAAGGGUAUUGAUUUCCUUAAAAACUUGUUCAUUUUUUCUUUCACUGCAAUUUAUUGGCAUUGUCAGGUUACUGAUCUUAAACCUGUUAGUAUUUUUCAAUGCUAAGCAACAGAAGGAAAACAUGUAUUCUUUCCUAGUUUUGUGCAGUUAUUUUCUGUUCCUAGUUUCUGCUUCUAAACAUCCAUUCAAAUUUCCAACUGCUCUGGCUGUACUAUUUUUCAAACAGUCUUCAGUGUACAAACACACAGGUAUGUAUGUCAGCGGCCAUGUGCUGUCAAGAAAAUCAUUACCAUUUCUGACAAUCUCCAUUUCUCAAUGCAAGGUAACAUGUACAUAUUGUAUAUACGGGUAACAAGCUACUUUAAAGUUGAAUUUUCCCAUGUUAAAUUUGAACAUGGGAAUUUGACUUCAGAUCUACAUCAAGAUCUUGGCAAUGGUCCUGACCUCUCUGUUUCUUUCCUUCUUUGUUUUCUUUACUGCUGUUUGUGCCUGGAAAGCAGGUUACAGUCAUCACUAUUGUAUAUAUAUGUUUGCAUGUGUGUGCCUUGAUAAAUUCUCUCUUUUGGAGUUCUGAAUUUUUCAUUUCAAGUCCAGCUGGUACAAUUGUGAACUCAUCUUUUCAGUAUCCUCAUCAGUGUCAGAUUGCCAGCUUCCAAAAUGUUUGACCAAGUGUUUUGAUUAAGUCCUCUGAGGAAAGCUGUCUGUAUAUUUGUGAAAGGGCAUGCUCUAUGUAGGAUGACUGUGUACAGCAUAAAUCUAUAAAAUGUGGAAGUGUUUAUAAGUUUAUCUGCAAAAUAUUUAUCAUCUGUGUAACAAAUGCAAAGCUAUUUAGUGUACAUCAGAUUAAUAAAUGGGGAUGAUUUUUUGCUCUGCUAUAUUAAAAUAAAGAUAUGUUCUCUGCAAUGAA